AGGAGUUUGCCUAAGAUAAAAUGUGUCUUUUUUUUCUGUUGAGAUUUGUGGACCUUUAUUCCUUCUGCGUGAAUGUGGCCAAUGAGGUCAAUAUUUUUGCCAUUUGCUUUUUAAUUGUUUCAUGUAAAUCCUCCAUAUUUUGUGUGCUAAUUAAGUUUCUGCUGCUCUUUUCUCAGUUGUGACGGUAUUGUUGGAGCAUUGCUUGGACAUGUAAAGACAUGUUUGACACCAUUAAGUGUCUGUUCAAACCCAAGAAACGAUUUGGAGACUUGAUUGACCUCGAAAGGCGAAACAGAUCCAGACUAUGGAGCCAAUGACGCUUGAGGCGGCGGCUGCUCAUCGGUCUGAAAACGGCAGCUUUUCAAACACUCUCAUGUCGACGGACUUCGUCACGCUCCGCGCCAUCGUUCCUCCGUACAUCAUCGCCGUGUCCGUGGCGGGCCUCGCCUUGAACGGCUUCGUCCUGUGCGUUUUCCUCGCUCACAAGGAUCGCCUGACCGUGGCUGAGGUCUACCUGGGGAACUUGGCUCUGGCCGACUUCGCGCUCCUAUGCGGCCUCCCCUUCUGGGCCGCCAACAUCCUCAACGGCUUCGACUGGCAGUACGGCGACGCCUUGUGCAAGUUGGUCAACGGCGUCAUGAUGGUGAACCUCUACACCAGCGUCUACACUUUGGUCAUGAUCAGCGUCGACCGCUACUUGGCGAUCGUGAUGACCAUGCAAGCGAGGUGGCUGCGACGAACGCGGCACGCCAAGAUCAUCUGCGUGCUCCUCUGGCUUUUCGGGCUCUCGCUCAGCAUGCCGACCACGCUGCACAGGAAGGUGAUGUACUUUGAAGAAUUCCAGAUGACAUCCUGCGUGCUGGACUACAGCCACGGCAGCUCGUGGAAGUUAGCCAACCAGGCCCUGCUGAAUGCCGCUGGCUUCGUCGUCCCUGGUCUGGUGAUCGUCUUCUGUAGCAGGGCUAUCGUUAAGGCUUUGGGACAGAGGAAGGAGAGCGUCGGCCUUCGGGAUGUUAAUGACGCGAAGGCCUCUGUGCUGUUGUACGCCAUCACUCUGCUGUUCAUCCUGUGCUGGGGGCCCUACCAGGUCUUCACCUUCCUUGACACGCUCUGCGACACCCACGUGCUGGACGUCACGGCGUGGUCCCACGCUCUGGACGUCGGGGGGCAGAUCUCGGCCUAUCUCGGCAUCCUCAACAGCGCCCUCAACCCUGUGCUCUACGUCCUCGCCGGGCAGUACUUCAGGAAGAAAGUUAGCGCCAUUUAUCGGACGGCUCUGCGACAUCGCAGACGAUCGGACAAGACCACCUAUCAGCGCUCUGUCGUCUCCACUUACAUUCACAGACCUGAGCAGAUUAAGCCUGUUGUCAUAUAGGAAGAUUAUGAUGUUUAUAUGGUAUGGUAAUAUAAACUGUAUGUAAGAUAUGAUGGAAUAUCAUAUAAUAGCAUAAUAUGGUUUAAUAUGGUAUGAUGUAUAGCAGGGGUGUCAAAAUCGGCCCGUCAGGAUUUUUUGUUGCUAAUUUGUCCACCGGAGGGCGCACUCACAAGCACUUUAAACGACCACUUACCACUUAAAUGAUAUUCAGAAAUCAGAUCUUCCUCAGGAUUUGACGCCUGAUAUUGAUGCACUUGUGAAGGAUAAAAAGAUGCCAAGUUUCAGGAGCAAAGUCAGCCUACUUAUAAAAUGCUGUGCUAACUUUGAACUCUGAAGAAUACUGUUCUGUGAAAAUGAAUACCUCCUGUUGAAAUAUUUUAAGAGACUGAAUAUUGCCCAAUAUCUGUUAACAGCUUCAAUUCAAAUCAGGUUUUUUUUGUUUUUUUUUUCAUGCACUGCCACAACUUGUGUGUAUUUUUAUGUAUACAUUUUGAAGGCGGAUGGAGUCGCGGGACAACUGCACCCUCAUUUUGAAAAGUUCCCACUUCAGUUUGUAUGGUAUGAUGAGUUAGUUGAGGUUGUCAAGAUUUCCCGACGGAUGUGAAAGUUUAUGAAAAUGAUUUAUAGAUCAUAAGUUGUUUUAUAAAAGGUACAUACAGUAUACAGAUCCACUGUGGUCUGUAAGUUGCACGUGUAAAUGAAAACACUGAUCCAUAGCAUUGUUGAAAUUGCACUAGUUCUAAAUAAAUUUCAGAUUACUGAUAUGAUUUGAAACAAGAUAAUAAUCAAUGUGAAUGUUUUUACAUUUUUAAAACGUACUUGUAAUUAUUUACACCCCCAAAAAGUGGACAUUUUGCAAUUGUUGGCAUUUACAGCUUAUUAGGCCACGAUUACUUGUCCGGCCCUCUUGAGAGCAAAUUGGGGUGAAUGAAUGUGAACUAAAAUGGGUUUGACAGCCCUGAUUAAUUGUACGGUAUUAUAUGAUAUAUGGCAUAUGUUUUGUAUGGCGCAGUACAGUUCUUCACUGCUGCAUGUGUAUGCUGUGCAGCACUUUGACCACUUGGGUGCGCUGCAAUCUUGCACCGAGCACAAAGCGUAGAAAAAGUCUGGCCAGUGACUUGCAUCGGCGACAUGUCACCGAGUUAAAAAAAUGAAAAAUAAAUAAAUAAACUUGUCACCGAGUAUGACAUAAAGUCACGAUGCAAUGCAAUG